UCUGUCACACCUCAUUCGAGGCCUUGGGUCCUGGGUACUGAAUCAGCAUCAGAAAUUCAGCUCAAAAGAAUGACCCCAAACACAAUAAAUUGAUAAACUCAGAUCUUCAAGGAUUGUCACACCUCAUUAAACAAACAAUACAAUACCUGCCACGUUCUGAUCCAUUCUCUCCCAUAGACCGACUUGCAGAAAUGGCGAGGAACGAAGCAAAAGUUCCAUUGCUUGAAGAUAGACAAGAUGAUGAUUUGGACCUUGCACGAAGGGUUUGGGUUGAAUCAAAGAAGCUCUGGCACAUCGUAGGCCCUGCAAUCUUCAGCCGUGUAGCUUCCUAUUCCAUAUUAGUCAUCACCCAAGCCUUCGCCGGCCAUCUCGGUGACCUUGAACUUGCUGCCAUCUCCAUCGUCAACAAUGUCAUUCUGGGAUUCGACAUCGGCCUCAUGUUGGGUAUGGCUAGUGCCUUAGAAACACUGUGCGGGCAAGCUUUUGGGGCCAAGAAGUACUACAUGAUGGGGAUUUACCUUCAACGUUCAUGGAUCGUUCUUUCCAUGUGCUGUGUUCUGCUCUUGCCUUUGCUUCUGUUUGCGUCACCAAUCUUGAAACUUCUUGGUGAGCCUGAGGAUUUAGCAGAGCUAUCAGGGGCUGUUGCUUUGUGGAUGAUACCGCUUCACUUCAGCUUCGCAUUUCAAUUUCCUCUUUGGAGGUUCUUGCAGUGCCAGCUCAAGCCUGGAGUGAUUGCUUGGGUGUCUCUAAUCGCAGUUGUAGCGCACGUAGUUGUGAGCUGGCUGUUUGUGUACAAGUUUCAAGCCGGAGUGAUUGGCACAGCCGCCACGAUGAAUAUCUCUUGGUGGGUUUUGGAUCUAGGUCUCAUGUUUUACUGUGUUUGUGGAGGUUGUCCUCUCACGUGGUCUGGUUUUUCCAUGGAAGCUUUUUCUGGUAUAUGGGAAUUCCUGAAACUAUCUGCUGCUUCUGGUGUCAUGCUCUGCUUGGAGAACUGGUACUACAGAAUACUGAUAUUGAUGACUGGGCAUCUGGAAAAUCCAGAGAUUGCCGUCGAUGCGUUGUCUAUAUGCAUGGCCAUAAAUGGAUGGGAAAUGAUGAUUCCUCUUUCAUUCUUUGCUGCAACUGGAGUCAGGGUGGCAAAUGAGCUGGGUGCUGGGAACGGAAAGGCAGCCAAGUUUGCAACAACGGUGUCAGUGGUGACGUCAACCAUAAUAGGCGUGGUGAUAUGUGUCUUCAUUAUGAUCUUUCACAACCAAAUCGGUGAUAUAUUCUCUCCAAGCAAACCCGUGCUUGAUCAAGUUAACAAGCUCUCUCUUCUCUUAGUUUUCACCAUACUUCUCAACAGUGUUCAACCAGUUCUCUCAGGAGUGGCUGUGGGGUCAGGGUGGCAGUCCUACGUGGCAUACAUAAACUUGGGUUGCUACUAUAUCAUUGGUUUGCCUCUUGGAAUUUUGAUGGGCUGGGUCUUCCAUCUAGGGGUCAUGGGUAUCUGGGCAGGGAUGAUUUUUGGUGGGACUGCAACUCAAACCUUAAUAUUGGCACUCAUCACCAGUCGCUGCAAUUGGGACAGAGAGGCUGAGAAAGCGAGCUGGCACGUCAAGGAUUUGGAAGAUCAGAUCUGAGAAACGUUCGUGAGAAGAAGAGCUUUUUCCUCCACCAUCGUCAAACAAGAAUUUUUUUUUUUUGGGAGCUUUUUUCUUUAGGUGGGUCAAGUACAAUUUAGACCCAUGCAUGAAAAACACAGCUCAGUUGAACCAAAUUUUCUUUGGGCUCAGUAGUCAGUAAUGGGCAUCUUAUUGUUUUGGAUUGUCAUAGAAGGAACAAUAUAUGUCAUGUACUUAAAAAGUCCAAAGAAGUUUUACUUUUUAUA